GUUCUAAUAAGGUACGGAUUACACGCGGUCUAACCAAAAUGACUGCUCCUCUCUCGUUCAAGAACUCUACAUGGAGCUGCACCUCAAAGGUCAGGCGAAAGAGUAGCAACAGCUAUGAAGCUCUACCCUGCGCGCUUCGUCUCAGAGUUCCGGCUCGGCGUCUCACACAUGUCGAUGGGAUGACAUGUUUUGUUUGAAGUACCACAUAUUUGUUUGUGCUGAAAGAUCGCUCUGUCGAUCGCAACAUUUCUCAUUAUUAAAGCUAUCUGUUCUACUCGAUUUCUACUUUCUUUCGUUAUUCCUAUUCCAGCGCUGGCAGCUUCCCUUAUAAACCAUCAUCAUGAACUUCUACGAUUCAGCGUUCCUUCUGCUGGUGACAGGAUGUGGUCUCCUAAGCUGGCGGCAAUAUUACACUGGGGAGAAAUCACCAGAAGAGAAAUCGUCGAAUCAUUCAAUGGUUACGCCGCGAGCAAAAGCAGAAGCUAGCCAGUUCACGCGCCUUUUCCUCACAGUGUACUGUCUAGUGAUGGGAUCAGAUUGGCUUCAGGGACCCUAUGUAUACAGCUUAUACAAAGAUCAAUUCGGACUUCCAGAACGAACAGUUGCAGCCCUCUUCACAACGGGAUUUCUAUCAGGCGGAAUAAGCGGAUAUUUUGUUGGCCAAUUCGCUGAUCGAUAUGGCCGCAAGACCGCAUGUUUGGUCUUUUGCAUCACCUACUCCAUAGCUUGCUUGUCGACGCUCAUCCCAAGCGUUCCAGCUCUAUUCUUCGGUCGAGUCUUCGGUGGUCUAAGCACGAGCUUGAUGUACAGUGCCUUUGAAAGCUGGAUGGUCACUGAAUAUCACAAGCGGCAAAUGGACAAGGCAGGGUCGAGUCUGAGCGGCAUGUAUGGGAUCAUGACAACACUGAACAGUAUUGUUGCAAUCUUAUCUGGUGUGUUCAGCGAGUGGCUGGUCAAUUUCACCCACACGAAACGAGCUCCCUUUAUGGCCGGCGCCGCCUUGUUGAUGGUCGCCUUCUGGAUCAUCUUAGUCUGCUGGACCGAGAAUUACGGCGACAGUCACUCAUCCUCUGAAUCAUCCACUCCCCCAAAAGAUGCCCUCAAAACCUGCUUCACAGACAAACGCAUCCUUACUCUCGGGCUCGCAUCUUGCUUUUUCGAAGGCAGCAUGUAUCUGUUCGUGUUCUUCUGGACGCCGGCCCUCAAAGCCGCUCAAUCACUCGCAAAAUCCCCCGAAUUACCACUCGGCAUGAUCUUCGCCUGCUUCAUGGGCUCUGUCAUGGCCGGCUCUCUAGCCUUUAAUCUCCUCGUAUCCAAAUACCAGCUGAUCUCCCACGCCCGUAUACUAACCAUAAUAUUCGCCACCGCGAGCAGCAGUCUGCUCAUCACGGUCGUAGUGAGAGAUGAGGGGAUGACAUUUUGGAGUUUCUGUGUCUUUGAAGCGUGUGUGGGCAUGUAUUGGCCGAGCGUGGGAUAUCUGAAGGGAAGGUUUAUUGAUGAUGGGAUAAGGGCGAGGAUUUAUGGGAUGCUGAGGAUUCCCUUGAAUGUCUUUGUUGUGGUGGCCCUGUCCUUGAUCAAGGAGGGCCCAGAGUAUCGGAAUUUGGUCUUCAUGACUUGCAGCGGAUUGCUGGUACUGACCUCGGGUAUUUUCCAUCACUAUGUUAGUGAUUGAGUAGGUCAGCAUAAGUAGAGGCGAGCACAUACAGUAAUUUUAUAACACUUGGAUCAAAAAUGUAAAUGUUUGGCCUGAAAUAGC